CAGUGCAGGUGGGCUGGUGAGCGUCCCGGUUGCCAUAGUAAGAUUCUGAAAUAACAAAGGUGAAGAAGAACGCCCUCCUCGAAGAAAGCCGAGUUAUCUCUGUAUUGUACUGAACUCCACAAAAGAGUAUCAGUUUUGUGUAAAUCAUCCAGUUGAUAAACCAUAAGAUCGUUUUUUUUAAUUGAGCAGUUUUUGAGCGUCAUCGGGUUCAUAUUGUGAGAUUGUUCAAGCUGUGGAAUUUAAUAACAGCGUGCCGAUUUAAAGAAUUUUUUAGAGGGCAUGCUUUAGGAUUUCCGAAAAUAAAUUAGGUGUUCUACUGUUUCUAUGAUAACCCAUAAAACCAUUCUACAAUUAUAUUUACAUAAACAGCAUGCUACAAAACAAAGCUUCCAAAACACAACAAUGUACUGGGAAGCCAACUAUGUUGCUAUCUGACAUCAAGACCCCUGUAGUGCAGAAGGAGCUGUCUGGUGUGACAGGAGUAGCCAUCCCUUCACAUACGAGAGCUGAGGAAUCAAAGAAUGUUGUCUGCAGAAAAGAUAAAGGUGAUCAGCAAAGAAUCACAAGAAACAAAUCUGUCCAGGUUUGCUUUGAUGAUCGAAGAAGUUUGUGUGAAAAAAUUGUAUCCCUUGAAAAAAAUGUUUUCCAACUGCAAAUUGAGUUGAAGGAAAAGAAUAGUGAAAUUUCCAGAUUAUCACAAAUAAUGUAUGAUAAGGAUGUGACUCAUACAAGACAAAUUCAAGAACAACUACAGGUCAGUGCUGCAAUGAAAGACAAACUAGAGAAAGCUGAAAAAAAUGCACAGGAGAAAGCAGAAUUAUAUCAAAAGUGCUGUGAAAGUUAUGAAGAAACCAUUUUAGGCUUGAAAUUGCAGCAUGAAAAUGCUGUUACAGGACUACAAAAAGAAAGUGACCUGCAGAGGUGCAACUAUGAGAAUACAAUUCAAAAAUUAAAACAGCAGAUCUCAAAUAUUAUAGAAGGAAAAUCCAGAGAAAGACAGCAACAGCUUGAAGAACUUGGGAAGGAGAUGAACAAACUUACAGAUGAGGCCAAUGCACUCCGAAGACAACUUGCAAAAAAGGUAUUGCAAAUCACUCUAAUUUAA